ACGAUCAUUGACUUCUAAAAUAAUUUUAACCACUUGAUUCGCCAAACACCCCCUUAAAUCCAGUAGCGUGUUCAGUUCAUUUCUUCCAACACCCACACACACUAAUCCAAAACUGUGUGUGAAAAGCCCCAUGGCCACAGCUCUACGAAUCCCCAUGGCCUCUUCAAUCUCGUGCUGUUCUUCAUCUUCACCGCAAUCAAUGAAACGCUGUAGUUUCAAGCCCUGUGCUGCGCUCAAUUCUCGUAACAGCGCGAAAAUACCGUUGCCUCCUAUAAACCCUAACGACCCGUUCUUAUCGAGGCUCGCUUCCGUGGCGGCGAAUUCGCCGGAGAAGCUGCUCAAUCGGCCGGCGAACUCCGAUACUCCGCCGUAUUUGGAUAUUUUCGACUCGCCUACUCUCAUGGCUACUCCUGCACAAGUUGAAAGAUCAGUCUCAUACAAUGAGCACAGGCCUAGAAGGCCUCCACCUGAUUUGCCUUCGUUGCUUCUUCAUGGAAGGAUUGUUUAUAUAGGCAUGCCAUUGGUGCCAGCAGUGACAGAGCUCGUGGUUGCCGAACUGAUGUACCUUCAAUGGAUGGAUCCUAAAGAUCCUAUUUAUCUUUAUAUAAAUUCUACGGGAACUACUCGAGAUGAUGGUGAAACGGUGGGUAUGGAGACUGAGGGUUUUGCAAUAUAUGAUGCCAUGAUGCAGUUAAAGAACGAGAUACAUACUGUUGCAGUUGGAGCUGCUAUAGGUCAGGCAUGCCUCUUACUUGCUGCAGGAUCUAAGGGCAAAAGAUUUAUGAUGCCACAUGCCAAAGCUAUGAUACAGCAGCCCCGUGUCCCUUCAUCUGGGUUGAUGCCAGCAAGUGAUGUGCUUAUUCGUGCAAAGGAGGUAGUAAUAAACAGAGACACCCUUGUAGAACUCUUGGCCAAGCACACUGGGAAUUCAAUUGAAGCUGUAGCCAACGUGAUGAGGCGACCAUUUUAUAUGGAUUCUACAAGAGCGAAAGAAUUUGGGGUCAUUGAUAAGAUACUUUGGCGUGGCCAGGAAAAGAUAAUGGCAGAUGCAGCCUCACCAGAGGAUUGGGACAAAAAUGCUGGCAUUAAAGUUCUGGAUGCAGUUUGAUCUGUUUAAUGAAAGAUAUACAGUGAUUCCCAAUUAGGUUUACCCAUAUGGUUGGAUGUUGUAACGAAAACUAUGACGAGGAAAGUUGAACAUUGUGGUGCUUUUAAACUCAGACAGUUAUUCACAUAAUCAGAGUGAGAGAAAGCUCAUCAUGUUAGGCUGCUUCAGAUUUUCAAAUUGGAGCAGUUAAAAGAUAAAAUGAUUUUGACAAAGCUUGUUACACUGAAGAAUGUCAUGGGGUUUACCUCAGUACGUAAGGAGAUAGAUCCUUGUGCUCCAUUCAAAUCACAAAACUGGAGUAUUUUUCCAGCAUAUGAAUUGUUUGUAUAUUUCAAACUCAGGAGCUUAUUUUUAAAAGUUAAUUCCAGCGAUAUUGCAGUUAUGUC